GCAACGGAUAUGAUUGACUGGAGCCUUUAUUUACCAAGUUCCAAUGACCCGGUGGACCAGACUGCACGACCGUACGAAAAUGUGGACAUGCCUCCCGGUGUUAAUAACGAGACAAGUACAAGUGAUCAAAGUGACGACGAUCCUGUCUCGAACGCCACUUCAUCAGAACCUCACGAUGUGGCGGCUAUGUGGCGGCCACAACCGGAAGGCGGUGCUACAUCAGAUGACACCAACGGAAACUAUCCGCAGAAAGAAGAAAUUGACACGAUAAUCAAGGAAUUGAAGCAACCAAAUGCAUGUGCUACAGAUGACAGCAUGCAUAUCAUUCUAAAACUCAUUAGCAGACGUUUUCCAAAAUAUAACAUAUUUACCGAUAUGUGCAAAUUUUUUGAUAAAAAUGGUGUUAAGCCGUUGAAUAUAUCAAGGGAGUUUGCUCAAGUGAUUUUUGUGCCACCAAAAUCAUCCGGUGAAUCAUCUAAAAACAAGAAAAGCAAUAAGGAUAAAGGUAUCGGUCACUUCUUGCUGCUAACCAAUAUUGGUGAUCGAAAUAAAUUCCAGCUAAUUGAUAGUCUUCGAGAGCGUUCUCCGACAUUGCGCAAAAGUGUUCAAGAAAUCCUCAAACACCUUCUCGGGUCUGAGGAAGCACAAAACGCAAUAGAGGAAAAAGCCGUUUCAACCCAAAUUGGGAAUAUCGAUUGCGGAUUGUACGUUAUUGCUUGCUUGAUCGAUAUUUGCCUUGGAAACGGUAAUAGGUUAGAAAGUGUUGUUUAUAACCAGCAACACAUGAGAGGCCAUCUUAUUACCACAAUAAAGGAUCUAUUUGAAAACAACCCAAUCCAAGAGUUCCCUGCCAUCGAGGACGAAAGGAGAAAGGGUAAAAAGUUUCCAAUAGUUGACUAAUGUGUCGUACAUCUUAUCUUGUAAGCAAAGGAAAUUUGACAUUGAAAAUAUAUUGGCGUCUCAAGCUAUCUAGAACCUUACAUAGAGUUUUUAUCUAAUUAAAACCACGUUUUGGACUCCACUAAAAAGGGUAUUUCUGGAUAGUGUUAUGUUAAAGUCUUAAAAAGUUAUCUAAAUUUGAUGAGAUAUUGCUUUGUGACGUCAUCACUAUAUUUGCACCUUAUUUGGAACUUUGGAUAAUUCCUUUGCAUUACAUCGAGUUGUAAUGUUUAUUAUUGAGUUACGUGUCCUUUUAACAGCUGUAGUCACUGAAAGACGUGCCUCCGUGUGUGUAAUGUAAGGCUGCGAGCAAUAAGUACUGUCUUUCUUUAGCGAACGCUCAACACCAAGUCCAAAAUUAUUGUAUUGCCAGAUGAGGAGGAAAGAAAUGAAACAGUUGUAAGAAUAGAAAAAAUAUACAUGCUAAAUGUUGUUAUGGAUGCAGAAUUUAUAUGUAUUUGUCGCUUUUGUAACUUUUCCAAGUGGACAGAAAACAAUUACCCAAUUACGCCUUUCACGAAUCAUGCAGCAGGUAACAAUAGGUAACAGCAGAUACAGUAUAUUCUAAAUUUUUGACCUAAAGUGAUGUUGCGACACAGUUGGGCAAACUAUCUCUUUGAGAUCAUCUGGUAACCUUCUUAAAAUAAAAGUAUUUUGACCAAAUAACUCUGGGGCGUUUCUUGGGUCAAGUGGUUUCCAUUUUGUAAAAACGGAGGGGCAAAGAAACGGGGGCAGAAUAUGAUAAUGUAGCAGAGGUUUUGCAAUCAUACGUUUCCUUCAUGCGUGCAUGUGUGUAUGCGCUAGGCAACAAAGAUAACAAACAUAAAUUCCCAAGUUUGUAAGGGGUUUCCUCAUUAGUAGUCUCUUAUGAUCCUCAUUAGUAGCCUCUUAUGGUCCUCAUUAGUAGCCUCUUAUGAUCCUCAUUAGUAGCCUCUUAUGAUCCUCAUUAGUAGCCUCUUAUGAUAAAGCGGUUAGUACCAGCAGGUAUAUUCCUUUCUUAAUCCUAAACAUACAGGGAUCGAAAUAGUCGAAAUACACACCCUUUAUCCAUAUAUAACAUAAUUAAAUAAAUACAUUAAUGCUACAGGACGGUUCAAAUAGAUUUAAUUAAGGUCAUAGGAGUGUAUUG